UCUGAGGUAGUGAAAACGCUUAUCGCACAUGAACCUCCAGCUCUGAAAGUGUUGCCUGAUUUUGAGCAAUGGAAGGACUUUAAUUUGGAAUUAUAUGAUAUCUACACUACAAAUGGAGCGAAAGCUGCCAUGCAGAAAUUUAUCCACGUAAUAAUACCCGGUAGUCAGGACGGCAAAGUCAUGGAACAAGGACGCGAAUCGCGCGGAACGUUACCAUAUUUCCCUAACACAAUACUGGCUGAAAAAUUUGGACAAAAAACGUUAGAAUUACCCGGUGGCCAUCGGGGAUAUGCGUCGCACGCUGCUGAUUUUGCAAAGGAAUUAAUUGAUAGUUUAAAGGAGAGGGGUAAAUUAUAAUACCUUCUGGAACAAAUACAGUAGUUAGAAAUUAGUUACGAACUUUACAUUUUCAGCAAGAGAUGUUGUGAAAUAUUUGUUUUUGUUGACUAUGGGUGCAUAGGAAUUGAAUGCAUAAUUUAAG